AUGGGUGGUAUGUUCUCUUUUUGUGGUGGAUCUGCCAGAAAAGAUCAAAUCAGUGAUAAAGACAAAGCUGUAUUGGAAUUGAAGAUACAACGUGAUAAAUUGAAACAAUAUCAAAUAAAAAUUAAUCUUGUAAUUCAAAGAGAAACAGAGAUUGCAAGAGAAUGUGCAAAGAACAAUAAGAAACAACAAGCGAUUCUGGCGUUGAAAAAGAGAAAGUAUCAGGAGAAACUGCUAGAGGACACCGAUCAGAAUCUAAUGAACAUACAAGAGAUGGUUUCAACGAUAGAACAAGCACACAUUCAGAUAAAGAUUGCAGAGCAAUUGAAACAAGGAAACAACGCUUUGAAAGAGUUACACAAAGAGAUGUCAUUAGAAGAGAUUGAGAAUAUCAUGUCUGAUACACAGGAUGCUGUUGAUUAUCAAAAUGAAAUAUCUGAAGCACUUAGUGGUAAAUUCACUCAGGAAGAGGAGGAUGAAUUGAUGGCGGAACUAGAUCAAAUGGAGAAACAACAAUUGAAAUCGAAAUUCCCAGAGGUACCCAAUAACGAUUUGAAGAUCAAUGUAAAUUUAGACCAUGUUUUGCCAACGAAACUACCAUCAUCUCCAAAAUCAAAACCUAUAGCAGCAGAAGCAGAAGAAAUAGAAGUGGGAAUAGAAGAAGUAGAAGCAUCUAGUAAACCAACAAAAGAAAGAGAUAGAGUACCAGAAAUGGCUAUUUAA